AUGCGUGCCUGGGUACGCCGGCAGCGCGGUCCUGCUUCUAGUGCGCUCGAGCUGGUCACUGACUAUCCAACACCCGACGUGCCCACAGGCUCGUCGUCGGACGUUCUAAUCCGCGUGUCAAACGUCUCACUGCAGUUCAGUACUGAGAUGAUGAUGAAAAUGCUGCCAAAACUGCCUUUCGCCAGCCCAUGGAUCCCGGAAAUCGAGCUUUCCGGCGUGGUAGUAGCGGCUGGCGGUGGUGCGCCGACAGGGAUGCGCGAUCCGGGCACACAUGUCAUUGCCUUCGCGAGCAUUCCUAGCGCUGUAUUCAUGGGCCACGGUGUACUAGCGGAGUACGUUCGACUGCCUGGAAGCCAGGUCGCGCGUAUCGACGAGGGUAUUGAUAUGGCGUCUGCCUCUGGCAUAGUUGGGUCUGGUAGCACCGCGCUUAAGAUGAUUCGCACAGCAGGUGUGCGCGAGGGCCACACAGUACUCGUGAAUGGUGCUAGCGGGUCGGUCGGGUCGGUGCUGGUGCAGCUGUGCAAGCUGCGUGGUGUAAAGGUUGUCGGCGUGGCGAGCGGGGGCAACGAGGCCAUGGUUCGUGGUCUGGGUGUAGAUGAGUUCAUCGAUUACCGCGAACAUGAAUCGCUGCCAACAUACCUAGCGCAUCAGUAUGGGGCCAAGCCAUUUGACUUCGUGCUUGAUUGCGUCGGUACGCAAGCACUUUUUGUCAACUCCCCGGCUUAUCUUAAGCCAGAGGGAGCUGUUGUAAAUAUCGGCAUGCUGGAGGGUGCGUAUGCGACGACGCGAAAUGCGCUGCUUAACAUUUUGUUGCCUACCUUCCUUGGCGGCGUCCCGCGUCGCUAUAUAAUGUUCAGUACGCCCCCAUCUUGUGACGACGCAGUCUACUUGGCGCAUCUUAUUGAGGAGGGAAAAUUGCGUAUCCCUGUUGACUCUGUCUUCGAGAUGAAGAAUGCCAUAGGCGCCUAUGAGCGCAUCGCCACAAAGCGUGCGCGUGGCAAGGUUGUGGUCAAGGUGCAUGAUGGUUAG